GCCCGCCUUCCGAGAUGCGUACGCACACUUGGGCGGAUGACACUACCGGCAAAUAUUAAAACAACAAUACCCAGUGACAGAUUUAGUAUAUAUUAACAUCUGAUUCGGAAUUAGUCAAAUAGUAGUAAUGAGUGUGUGAUACAGAUAGUUUACAGCUAACUAUGUUUCUUAGUUAUUUGUGUAAUCCCGGUGUGUGAACGUGCCUAGUCGUAAAUUAGUGUCUAGCGAUAUCAAGUGAAUUUUGUGCGAAAUUUUCAAUUAACCAUAUGCCAAAUAAAUAUAGCGUUUCACGCGAAAGUGAGACCUAAAGCAAUAGAAAUAAAUACGUUUUUGUGUCCACAAAACAAACAAAAGAUGCAUUCCUCUAGAAGCCCUUCCAUCUCAGAUACGAGUGAUACACGUGCGUUUAUUUUCAUUUAAAAAUAGACACGAACCGACAUCCGCAAUUUUUACGAUGGCGUCAGCAAAAGAAAGUAGCGACGUCGUUGAUACCAAUCAAACAGAAGAUGAUAGAGCGACCAAACCAAGUCGAAAGGAUACAAAAGAUUUCUCAGAACUUCCCCCGAGUGGUACUUCUCUACAUAAAAGACGAAGAGGGGAGCCUCCCGCUACGUUAUCAGUCCAUGCGGUGCAGACACCCUCAGAUGCUGAGGGUUCUUCUCCGUGCACCGCAGGUCCCACACCAGAAGAAUCAUGGACUCUCCAAGAUGGAGAUACGACGGAUCCUGAAGCUUUAUGCGAUAAUAUGCUUCAAAGGCUAAAAGACCGAGAUGAUCCACUUUCAAAACGAGGCAAAGAAUUGGCGUCGCAUACCAAAGAUACGUUGGAGGCCUUGGACCAACUCGAUAAAUUACUCGAACUUCUGGACCAAUUUGCUACACUUAAAGAGCACAAUUCACGACUUUUAAGAAGACUUCGAGAUGUCAAUCAUUUAAAACGAUUACAUAACGCCCAUAAAAAGAUAGAUCAAGAGAACGAAAGAUUAAAAGACGAAACAAAAGAAAUGGAACUUAUAAAUGAAGCGUUAGACGCUGAGUUGGAAUGCGAGUAUGGUCAGGUAAUCUUCGACGCAAUGAUGGCCGGUGGUCGGAGCAUGAAAAGAACUGGAUCGAGGUGGAAAGGACAUUCUAGAUUUGGAGGAUCAUUGUUGAGGAAACAAAGAUCGAGGUCAGCUGGUGGGGAUGAAAGUGAUGUAUCUCCGGGAACGCCUCUGAGAAGGAGGUCUGAUGGUAUUUUCUCAAAAGAAGUCGAUAAGUCUAAGGUUUCUAAUUGGACAAGAGUGAAAGCAGCUUUCAGAUGGGAGAAAGCUCAAUGGCCACCAGCCACAAUUGGAGGUGCAGCAGCAGUUGCAGCAGGGGCCAUGGUUGGGGCGGUAGCUCUAGCCGGUUCUAGCCCAGGAUCCCUUCCAAAUCCUGAACCGAGGGAUUCAGCCAGCUUGACUCCAGGAAGCGCCAUAUCACUAACACCGAAUUCUUCGUGCGAGGAAUUGAGAAUAGAGACAGUUUCAGACAUGCGACGCAGAAGUUGUAUUCGUAGUGAAGACCAUGACAACAGUUUUUUACAAGCACCAAUUCAGGACGACAGUUCCACUUCACCAUCACCCAAUAAACUGCACAAAAGUCCUUGGGUUAAGAUGCGUGACAUUAUCCAAACGCAUCGUGAGUCAGUCAAGAAGAAGACCAGGGUACCGAAGGGAUCACCAGAUGUGGUGCCGUCGAGGAGACGAUCUUUAAGUGAUGGUGGUGAUAGUGACGCUCCACCAGCUCUUACAUUAACGAUACCUUCGUCUGAAGAAUUAGAAUCUGAGGGUUCCCACCCCGUACUCCGCAAGCAGCGUUCUCUGGAGCUUGGAGCUAGGCCGCCGCAGCAUCGACCACCGCGAGACUCCAAAUGGUCCAGAGUCAAGCGAGCUUUCCUCACAUCCGCUUCUGCUUCAGUGCCAUCAAGUCCCAACCGGCAUUCAGCAUUCUUCACUGAUGGGGACACAGAGGGUGUAAGCAGCGGUUGUGAGGCGAGCGGCGUGCGGGAGGAGAUAGCGAGGGACUACGCCGCCUUGCAGUCGCGUCUGCGCAGAGAAUUCUCUGAUAGACGUGGCAAGCUAUAUGCUACGUCAAGACCUGUAGCGACGGAAGAGCAAUUAUCAGCGGACUUCAGAAAGAAGCUCACAGAAUGGCAGAGAUUGAAAGGUGUAAGACAGCCACCUCCUGUUCCAGCUCGUCAGGACCUGAGCGAUGAUUUUCUUAAGAGAUGGGAUGCAUGGAAACGAAUGAAAGAAACGAAUUCAGUACCUGCGUGGGAAGAAGAAGCCAAACCUGACGAAGUGUUAGUACAAACUUCUACAGGACUCUUCAAAUUCCAAGGGAUAUCCCGCUCUUUCACUCGGAAGUUGCAUGAGUGGGAAAAAUCUCGAGGCAUAGCCCCGGAAGCAUCUACGUCAGCGCUGUUGCGUGCCGCACGGACCAAGGUGAAGCUGCCGACGGCACCGCUAACGCGCACUCAGUCAGAUGGCAGCGUCGCGCCCUCCACGGGGUCGGGCAGAGUACACGCGUCUAGUCUUAGCGUCAACGAUGCUGAUGACUUCGAAUCCGAAUACGAGAGAGAUCAUUAUUUGGAUGGCGGUGAUGAAUGUGACGGAGGAAAUUCUCGCGCGGCGGUUCUCGUUGAAGUAGAGGCGGAGGAGAUCUGCACGGCGGCACCUCUCAUGGCAGUGUCACCACGCCACACCGCUCAGAAACCUAUCUACACAUAUGGACAGGCGGAAGCCAGACAUUUAUGCGAGACGAGUUCUGCCGUUACUGGCACUGCCGUUUUGCAACCCAAUGGAGCUGUUAUUCUUUCAGAUUCGCGUUGCGUGAAGUCAGUAGAACAAACGUCGAUCAAAACAAAGACUUCCCGCGAACAGUUAACAGUUCUCGAGAGGAGUCCCAGAAUGAAGAUAGUCAGGCAGCCAAGUAUAGAAGAAGACGCAAAAUUUAUAAGAAAAACAAUUGAAGAAAUUGAAAGAGGCUCGAACCGAUGUAAAGAAAACGUCAAGUGUAACGUUUAUAAACCAAACACGUUGUAUGAAAGACCAAGCCCCUCGACGAGCAAAAGUUCCAGUAUAAAAAACCUUAAACAAUUCGACAACUUUAAAGAAAACGGGAAAGACAGUAAUGAUGAAAAUAAGGAAGAUCAUAAACGAAAAGAGAUAGAUAAAAGCAAUGGUAAAAAGAAAACAAAAUCCCGCGCCAGACUCGAAAGAGAACAGUCGAAGCCAUCUGAGACUGAUACGGAACCCGAGGUAGAUACAGUUACCGUAGAAAUACCACGCAGACGUAAAAGACCACGUAAGCCCUCUGAAAGACCUAGAACUCCACCACUUCACUCCGACUCCGAUGGCGAGGUAUUCGUUUUGAAGCUUAAGGCACCAGAAAAUCGAGACGUUUCGCCAGAAGUAAUAGUAAAAACAACUAGAAAAAUAUUUUCUCCAGUUGUCCGAAGCGGUGAGUCCAUUCCCAGAGCUGUCAUUUCCGUAGAUGUAGAGGAUUUGGAUGAAGUUAGACCUACACCUCCAAUGAACAAAAAAUCUGAAACAAGGUCACAAAUAGAACUAAACAGAGGCAAACAAGAAAUAAAGAAGUCGAACGAUUCUGGUGAUCCAUUAGAAGAAGAACAGAAAUCUAAAAGUAGACCACCUCUUCCUUCAUCUCCAACUUCUCAAAGAAAGCCGACAGCAAAAGAAACAGCGCCGUCUAUUCGCAUCAUGAUUCAAAGAUAUAAUAAGAAAAUAAAUGAAGAAGGUCCACCGUCAGGAGCUAGCAGUGGUGCCUCGUCUCCUGCUUGGCGGUCACCUAAGUCUGAGAGACGACGACCACCGGACAUGCCCGUUGGUGUUAAUAUCAGAAACAACCCGUUCCUCGAGAGAGAAGUGCAGAAGUCAGCGAGCGCCUGCCAACUAUCACGACGAGAUCAGACAUCAGCUGAAAAAAAUCUUGUACCCACAGAACAAUCUCAAGACGGAGUUUUGAAAUCCCUGAGUGCUAAUGCACUACACCCGGAUAAGUCUAGAAGUUUUGUUUCGCCGCCAAAAAUUGAUGACUGUCAAGAAACAGAAAAUCCAACAGCGAGUACGGAUACUAUCGUCCCGAUAAACAUAGAUAACCACAUUAGAGCCGAGAAGACUGAUACACAGCUACCAGUAUUAAGACAACAAUCGGAAUCUGUGAUUCCAAAUUUGUCCAGGUUUAUCGCUAACAGUCCUUGUUUUUUUGAGAGAUCAUUAUCAGCUGUCGAAUCUCCAGCUCCGUCGAGAGAGGCUGAGGCGAUGGCCAUUAAACUUUCCGAGAGAGCGGCGCGGAUUAGGGCAGCGAGGGAUAAAUUUCUAUCUUCAACCACCCCCAUGAGGCGGGAGGGCACUAGCUCUGCUAGUGACUUGAGACCAGUUGAUAGAUCAAGUCGAAUCAGUUGCGAAAGUGAUGUAGGGGAUAGCCAAGAUCUUGCACAAGAGGCAGCGCUCGGGCGCAGCGCGUCUACGGGCAUGGUCAACGUGGACAGAGAAGCUUGGCAACGAGUCGCAGAAGGUCCCCGUCGAGAGCGCCCUCGGUCGCGAUUCAGCUUGGCACGGCUGGCAGCCAAACUGCGUCGCAAAGAAGAAAGUGCCGUCUCGCGCCUCUGCCGACAGAGCCUUCUCGUGCAAUUGCGUAAACAGUAAAUAAACUACUCUGUAAAACCAUUGUGUAUUAUUGAAGCGCGUUUACUAAUAUAUUUACUUAAAUCUUGUAGGAAAGUAUGACGAGAGACUUUUGAAUACAUAUAUACAUUAUUUAUUUAUCAUAAUGAUGGUAAAGUGGUUUACGCACUUCCCAAAAUUAACCAUCU